AUGCGCGUGGGAAACAUCCGUUUUAACGAACAGAAUGUGCUCGGCAAGGGUUGUAGGGAAACGAUCGUGUUUCAGGGUAGCUUCGAGAAACGGGAAGUGGCCGUAAAACGUAUCGUACUCAACAGGCGCAUUACAGAGGAAUUGGCGAUACGUCAAAAGUGCAACGGGCACGAGAAUAUGGUGCGUUACUAUUGCACCGAGCUGGAUCAAGAGUUUCACUACAUUGCCAUCGAGCUGUGUGCCGCUACGUUGCAGCAUUACGUUGAAGGCAAAGAUCCGCCGAUCGUAGGUGCAAGCAUGGUGCCGGUGUCAGAGUUGCGACAUAAAAUCUCUCCCCUCGAGAUCUUGCGCCAAACCACUAACGGACUUAUGCACCUCCACGGACUAAACAUCGUUCACGAUGCUAUAAAACCGCAAAACAUUCUACUCUCCCUGCCCGACAAUCUAGGGUGCGUGCGGGUCAAGAUUUCGGGCUUUGGGCCGAGCAUACUGCUGCGCAACAGUAAUGAGACGUUCCCGCGAUACUCCGACUCCAAGGGACGGAUCGAUCCUCAUAUGGAGUUAUGCCAGAGAAUCGCCAUGUCGGACAUUUUGUCGCUUGGCUGCGUCUUCUACUAUGUGCUGUCGAAUGGUUUUCACCCGUUCCCCUACCACCACUCGGGCGUUGUGUGGAAGCGUGCAAAACACUUCGGUGAGUUCAAUCUCGGUAGGCUGCGGCGCAAGAAUACACCUCCGGACAACCAGACCGUGCUGGCGGAACAGAUCAUACGCGACAUGAUACAGCGUGAUAUGUCAAAACCACUUUCGACCCGUGCAAUCGCAAAUCAUCCAUUGUUCUGGGACAACGACCGUGUGCUGGCGUUCCUGCUAAAAGUGAGCGAUCGAGUGGAAAAGUUAGAAAUUAUGGCUGAACCCCUGUGUUCAUUGGAAAAAAACGCUCGCUUUGUCGUACGGGACGACUGGAUGUACCAUCUGGACACCGGAUUGACGGAAGAUCUUCGCAGGUCCAAGUUCCGUCGCUACUAUGGAUGCAGCAAAAGUCACUACCUCGAACUGACGCCAGAGUUGCAAAAGGCCCUGGGAACGAUUCCACACGAGUUCACCAACUAUUGGAUUAGUCGGUUUCCGCACCUUCUAUCGCACAGCUACCACGCCCUGGCGAACAACUCAGGGGAACCGAUCUUUCGUCAGUAUUACAACGACGAGGAAGAUAAUCACACCAGUGGUGGACCACAGGUGUGGCCUCACAUACGAUAUAAGUUCACGAAACCAGCGUACUUUCAUCGGGAUGAUAACGACAACGACGAGCUGAAACAUUACUACGAACUCGAGCAAGACAUGAAAACGAGUACCGAAACGGGUACUGCCACUGAGCCUGGUGGCGGGAGCUACAGUGAAACGAUAGACCUCGGUGAUGGGGAAAUGCGCGUGGGAAACAUCCGUUUUAACGAACAGAAUGAGCUCGGCAAGGGUUGUGAGGAAACGGUAGUGUUUCUGGGUAGCUUCGGGGGACGGAAAGCGGCCGUAAAACGCAUUAGUGCCCACCGUUUCACGUUGGCCGAUCGCGAAGUGAAGCGACUGUGCGAGAGCGAUGCGCACGAGAAUGUGAUACGUUACUAUGGCACCGAGCAGGAUCGACAGUUUCGGUACAUUGCCAUCGAGCUGUGUGCCGGUACGUUGGAGGAUUACGUUACGGAGUUAAGCAAAGCGCCGUCAGCCAUCCUAGAAGCAACGACAGAGACGGUGUCACUGCGAGAUAAAAUCUCUCCCCAAGAGAUCAUGCACCAAGCCACCAAAGGCAUGGCGCACCUCCACGGACUGGGCAUCGUCCACCGGGACGUAAAACCGCAAAACAUUCUGCUAUCCCUGCCCGACAAUCGAGGGUGCGUGCUGGUCAAGAUCUCGGACUUUGGGCUGAGCAAGAAGCUGAACAACGGAAAGGAGAGCUUCUCGCAAAACUCGGGUGUGACCGGGACCUACGGAUGGCAGGCUCCUGAAAUGCAGCCUGACCUGCGUGCCACCACGUCGGUAGACAUUUUCUCGCUUGGCUGCGUGUUCUACUAUGUGCUGUCGGAUGGUUUUCACCCGUUCGGAGACAACCUCAAACGGCAGGCAAACAUACUCUCCGGUGAGUACGAUCUCGGUAUGCUGCGGCGUGAGAAUCCACUUCCGGACAAUCGGACCGUGCUGGCGGAAGAGAUCAUACGCGACAUGAUACAGAGCGAUGCGUCGAAGCGACCUUCGGCCCGUGCAAUCGCGAAUCAUCCACUGUUGUGGCACAACAAGCGUGUGCUGGAGUUCCUGCAGGAUGUGAGCAAUUGGUUGAAAGGGUUAAAAAAUAUGACCGAACCACUGAGGUGGUUGGAAAAAAAUGCUUCUUUAGUCGUACGGGACGACUGGAUCCACCAUUUGGACGCCGUUAUGAACGAUGGUCUUUGCAAUGUGGCUACAGGUGGCUUCAUCCGUGGCUACAAAAAGGACAGAGUGCAGGACCUAUUGCGCUGUAUCCGAAAUCACAUAAAUCACUACAACGAAUUGACGCCGGAGAUACAACGUGCCCUGGGAACGAUGCCGCACGAGUUCACCAAGUAUUGGAUUAGUCGGUUUCCGCGCCUUCUUUCGCACGCGUAUCACGCGAUGGCGAACAACUCCCGGGAACCGAUCUUUCGUCAGUACUACAACGACAAGGAAGAUAAUAACACCGGCGGUAGAUCACCGGUGGGGCCUCACAGAGGAUACAAGUUCACGCCACCAGCGUACUUCCAUGAAGAUGAUAAGGACAACGACGAACUGACGAACGAACGCGUGACAGACAUGAAAAAGGGUAACAAGAGCCCAAGCGACGGAGGUAGUGCUGAAGCGAGGAACAUGCCUACCGGGAGCCACAAGAAAAAACGGGGAACGUACAAUUUUGGUAAAACCAUGUCCGGUAGGUUCAUUACACGCCAGCAAGUUCGUGAGAAUGACAGCGGGGCAUUGGACGAUCAACGAGCCUCGGUGCAGGGAGCUGACGCUGGCGGGGAGAACGAUGCGAUCUCCGAUGGAGGUGUUAAUCACCGGCGACGGUAUGUUACUGCCACUGGUCCUGGAAACCUCAACAGUACCUCUGUCACCACCGCUAAUCAAAACAACACUGGCAAACGCCGUCGUAAACGAAAGUCGAAAGCCAAGUGA